UCCUCCCUCUGCCCUGCCCCGCUGUGUGUGUGUGUGUGGACGCGGACACGGCCGGGCUGGGCUGGGCUCGGAGCGGGGAGAGACCGGGCAGCGGUCGCUGGAUGGGGAGCGGGCGGACCAUGGACGGCGGCAGCCUGUACGACACCUCGUCCCUGCUCCACUUCUGCACCGAUGACAGUGCCUCGGCUGCCGGCAGCAUGGAGGUGACGGAUCGCAUCGCCUCCCUCGAGCAGCGCGUCCAGAUGCAGGAGGAUGAGAUCCAGCUGCUGAAGUCGGCCCUGGCAGAUGUGGUCCGCCGCCUCAACGUGUCCGAGGAGCAGCACGCCAUGCUGAACAGGAAAGGCCCCACCAAAGCGAGACCCUUAGUGCCAGCACUGCCACUACGACCCACAGUUAACAAUGGAACUGUUCUACCAAAGAAACCGAGCGGCUCACUGCCAUCUCCAUCCGGAACCAGGAAGGAUAUAUCUACAGCUACCAAAAGCUCUGUGAAGAGAAGCAACUCAUCAGAACGCAUGUGCUCAGCGGCACGACGAGAGAGCUUCGGAGAGUCGAAGAGCAACAGGACCCGCACUGGGUCGACCAGCAGUGGUUCCAGCGGCAAAAAGACCAGCGAGGGAAAAUCCAAGGACCCUCUGUAUAAUGCAGAGGAAGGAUAUGUCAAGAUGUUUCUGCGCGGGCGGCCUGUCACCAUGUACAUGCCCCAGGAGCUGAGGGACACCUACAGUCUGGAGGACAAAGCUGAACUACCCACCAAAAAGUUGAAGCUGGACUGGGUUUAUGGCUAUCGAGGGCGAGACUGCCGCUGCAACCUGUACCUACUGCCGACGGGGGAGAUAGUGUAUUUCAUUGCGUCUGUGGUGGUUCUCUACAAUGUGGAGGAACAGCUACAGAGACAUUACACUGGCCACAAUGAUGACGUCAAGUGCCUUGCUGUUCACCCUGACAGGAUCACCAUAGCAACCGGACAGGUCACGGGGAUAACCAAGGAUGGAAAUCAAGCAGCUCCUCACGUGCGGAUCUGGGACUCGGUCAGCUUGAAUACUCUGCACACAAUUGGAACAGGGUUUUUCGAUCGUUCAGUGAGUUGCAUUGCCUUCUCUAAAUCGAACGGAGGUUCCACACUGUGCGCAGUGGAUGAUUCCAAUGACCAUGUGCUCUCCGUAUGGGACUGGCAAAAAGUGGAGAGACUCGGUGAUAUUAAGUGUUCAAACGAGCCAAUCUUUGCAGCAGACUUCCAUCCGACAGAGACAAACAUCAUCGUCACAUGUGGGAAAUCCCACAUCUACUUCUGGACACUGGAAGGAGGCUCGUUCACAAAGAAACAAGGGCUGUUUGAGAAACACGAGAAACCAAAGUUUGUUCUGUGCUCGACGUUUGCUGAGAAUGGUGACAGUAUUACUGGGGAUUCAAGUGGAAAUAUUCUCAUCUGGGGAAAAGGUACCAGCCGCAUCAGCUAUGCCAUUGCGGGGGCCCACGAAGGGGGGAUAUUUGCCGUCUGCAUGCUACGUAAUGGCACACUUGUAACUGGGGGCGGGAAGGACCGCAAGCUGAUCUCCUGGGAUCGCAACUAUCAUAAGAUGCAGGAAACUGAGGUUCCUGAGCAGUUUGGACCAGUGAGAACGGUAGCUGAAGGAAGGGGAGACGUGUUACUGGUUGGCACGACGAGGAAUUUCAUCCUGCAAUGCACUUUAUCAGGAGACUUUCACCCAAUUACCCAGGGUCACACAGAUGAACUCUGGGGACUGUCCGCCCAUCCAACCGAGGAACAGUUCCUGACCUGUGGGCACGACAAACAUGUAACCCUCUGGGACGCUGUUGGUCACCAACCCAUAUGGAGCAAGAUCAUCGAGGACCCUGCACAAUCUGCCGGUUUCCAUCCUUCAGGAUGUGUUGUUGCUAUCGGAACCCAAACCGGAAGGUGGCUGGUUCUGGACACGGAGACAAAGGACCUGGUGACGGUCCACACAGAUGGGAACGAGCAGCUGUCCGUCAUGCGCUAUUCCCCAGAAGGAAAUUAUUUGGCCAUAGGCUCCCAUGAUAAUUAUAUCUACAUCUACACAGUGAGUGAAAACAGCAGGAAGUACAGUCGAGUUGGAAAAUGCUCAGGUCACUCCAGCUUCAUCACACACCUGGAUUGGUCCCUUGACUCUCAGUAUUUAAUCUCUAAUUCUGGUGACUACGAGAUCCUCUACUGGACACCAUCAGCCUGCAAGCAAGUGGUGAGCGUGGAGAACGUCAGAGAUGUCCAGUGGGCCUCCUACACCUGUACUCUGGGCUUCCAUGUGUUUGGUGUGUGGCCGGAGGGGUCAGAUGGGACAGACAUCAACGCCGUGUGCAGAUCAAACGAUAAGAAGCUUCUAUCAACAGGCGAUGACUUUGGCAAAGUGCAUCUGUUUGCCUCUCCCUGUUCUCAGGCCAGGGCUCCGGGCUGCAUGUACGUUGGACACAGCAGCCACGUGACCAGUGUGAGUUUCCUGCACAACGACAGCCAGCUGGUGUCUACAGGCGGGAAGGACAUGAGCAUCAUGCAGUGGAAGGUCAUUUAAAUCUGACCUCCUCCCAUGGCCGGUCACAGCAAUAUGGAAUAUCAUUCAGUCCGAUGUUAAAACAGCGACUAAACCAAACCCGAGAGAAGGCCCUGCACUUUGACAGAAAGGCCGCGAUUUGGUGUUUUUCCUAACAAUGUCAAAGAUUUUAUUUAAACCUCAGGAAAAUCCAUCCUCUGCAAGGUUGCCAGUGCACAGUGUGAUAGUGAGUGUGUAACAGCUCCCGAGAUCAGACUGGCUCCACCAUAUCUCCAUGUGGUAAAGUUCAGGGUUCACUGAGGCUAAAGUGCAGUGUUGUUAAUAUGUUAACUCCAGCAUAAUAUCCCUGAAGCCCACCUUUCCUUUUAAAUGGUGAGAAUGAACACUACCGAUACUGUCCGCAAUAAGUGUCCUGUAUUGAUAACCUGUAACAAACAUACUGUCUAGUGUGACUUAAACCUUUUGUUGGAGUUUGCAUCCGAUCGUCUAUCUAUAAAGUGUGGAUGGGUGGCUGUCUCAUUGCUGCAAGCUGCUGUGUAUUUACCCGCCUCUUCCCUAGAGGGAGCGCCGCGCCGCCUUGAUCAGCCCGAUAGUUUAUUUACAGAAGCGCUGGCUAAUGCCGUGAGCCCGCAGAGCGGCAAUCCCCUCCCUUCACCUGCUCCACUCCCCAGCUGUAGGUUGUGCGUUUGGAACUGUCCCCAUUCUUAACAAAGCUGCCUCCGUACAAGGAUAAAAGUGGCAGAGCAGGGAACAGGACAGGUGAGACAGCUCGCACUACCACCAAUAUUGAAACUUGCCGUUUACAUUUGAAAUGUAGAAUCGUAGGGUUUUUUUUUUUUAAAUGACAGCUAUUGGUACAUUCUUUUAACACUAAAGUGUCUAUGGCCUGUUCUGUGACUCAUUAUCAAUAAAUUAUAACGGUCAUUGUGAGUAGACGUCUGCACUUUUCUAACCUACGCAAAAUGAACAAAUAUUCAGAAUAAAUUUCAUUUUAAUAAA